AUGAUGUACAAUAAGGAAGAGAGUAGCGUACCGAACCAGGAGCCUCGGAACUCCAGGUCCCGGCACUCAGACGGUAUCGUCCCGGCCGUCUGUGGGUCGUUAUCCAACGACGGGCCCUGCGUCACUUGCCCCGCAGGGGUGGCGCAGGAUGAUACGCCUGCGAUGACUGGCGCCGAGGCGCCAACGCGCAAGGGGGAUGAGUCCCCAUGUCCCGGCCCUUCUCGUGGCCACAGGGGACGAUUGAAGGGUCCAAGACGAAUUAUCUCGGACUCAGAGACGGAAGGUGAGGAUUCCGUCGGCGGACACCAACAUCCGUCCACCCAUGUAAAGGCUCGACCCGGCCCCGCUGCCAUCCCAGGGGACAAACCGGGCGUAGUGUCCCAAGGUAAACUUGGACUCGAGCCUGCUGAGACUCCUCUUCCGCGAGACGCCGACUCCGACUCGGAGUUAGAGGUUGUCUCAGAAAAACUAAGUGGAGCACCACACCGCCAUAUUAAACAACAAUGGCAAACCGGUGCAUCACCCCAGCCCUCCCAGCCUCUUGUUUCCCCCAAGAGGACUAACACCUUGAGAGCGCGGAGGCGCGGCAGGGGUAGACCCCCUACCACCGGGGAAUACGUCGGUCUCGCAGAAGCCAAGCGCCGCUUGGUAGAAGAGACCGAAAGGGAGAUGCAGUUGAGGGCCGAGCAAGAGCUGGCCGAGGAGUUCGACGCAAUCCGCGUCACUACCCGGUCAGCUGCCCCUAGCCAACCUUCCUCUUCCCUUAACCGGGCGGAGGACACGCGCGGAGACCCGCCGAGAAGGCUGAUCUCCAGGGAGAUGCCGACCUCUCAAGUGGUCGAGCAAGCGGCCAAAAUGGCGGAAAAAAUCCGCAACAUGGCCGCCAAAUCCGGCAGGCUGAAGGGGACGUACAUCCGGUGGUUCAAGGAGGCGGCCACCGGACUUGAGGAGGCGGUGGGCAUUGUUGCGGGUCGCAUGGACACCAGUGAAGAGGUCCACCGCCUCACAGCGCUCAACACCAAAUUGAGCGCAGAGGUGUCCAGCCUUCGCGAGAAGGUCGUCUCCCUGGAGUCGGAGAAGGGCGCUGUCCAGGCCAGGUUUGACAGCGUCCUGAAAGAAAACGGGCGCCUGCAGGGCGAAGUGGACGCCGUGCACGAAGAGUUGAGGGACAUGAGGAAGGAGAUCAUGUCCCUCAAAAUGGCGCGGUUAAAGGAGACGAGGGGUCGCAAUCGACCAGCUGGUCGCCCGGCCCCUCCCUCGCCGCCACCAUCGCAAGCCGCUCAAUCGCGGAUGGAGUUGGAGGAGCCUCCCGAGCCUCCUCCAUCCGCGUCACCAUCGAGAGAGCUUCUCUCAGGAGCAACCCCCUCCUCAGCUGAGGAAGGAGAAGCCAGAGAGAGUGGCGGCCCGUGUGAGCGACCGAACGAGUCCGCGUCGCGCAGCCGUUUACCCUCGCCGGAAGUUGGAGGCAGGGGACCGAGGUCCCUUAAGGACCUGGAGAACCGCGUGAUGGAUGCAAUGAGGUCCCAGCUCUCAAUUUUCUGGGAGCAACUCCAUCACCGGUUCUCCCGUCCGUCCUUGGGGGCGGAAAAAGGGGUCAGCAGCCUGCGGGCCAGUACUGGCGGCAAUAGCUCUCCCGCUAGACAAGCGGAAGGGAGCAACCGCACCCCCCACCUAAAGGAAAAAAACCCUUCUUCUGAAAAGAAGGGUAAAAAGAAGAAAAAGAAGACCAACAAAAAGAACGGGAGAGGAGAAAAACCGAAGGGUGGAGAGCCGACUAACUCGGCUGGCGGAGAUGCCCCCUCCACACGGGCCCGUUCCGACCCGCCCCAAUCCUCUUCCACUCAAUUGUGUCUCCCACCCCCACCUAGGGAGACAUGGUCACAGGUGGUGGGGAGAAAGAAAAAGAAGGAUAAACGGGCGCAAGGCCCAGUGGCUGCGGCACCGGCAGCAUUCAGAGCUGGGGGCAAACCCACUGCCAAACCCGGCAAGCGACCGCAGUAG